GCAUGAGCAACAGUUGGACACAAACUAGUGUUUCUCCUUGUGUAGAUUAUUCAAGACCUCUUUACUCAUUGUCUCCUUGUGCUGUAAAAAUGUCCCCUAAAAUCCUUUGGAUACUAUUUGGAGGACUGAUGGUUACAAUUCCAGGUUAUUCUGUAAGUGAUGGUCUUCAGGUCGCACGGCCACUGACUGGUGAGGUGACUUAUUCCAGCCAAAGUCUGUGUGUGCUGCAGGGAGCCUCUGUGGUGCUGACCUGUUCCUACACAGCACCCAGGAAGCAGCCAGUCUGGUCCACAUUCUGGUUCAGUCCCAAACUAAGUGGUAAAUGGUGGAGUGAGGAGCAGCCUGAGGACCUGCUCUUAGACCCAGAGUUUGCAGGCCGUGUGGCGUACAGCAGGACAGAAGACAGAAGCUCCACUCUCACCAUCACUGACAUGAGACUGAGUGAUUCAGGACUGUAUCGCUGCCUGUUCAUAUCUGACCAAGGGACACAUUCUGACUUAACCGGAGUCAGUGUUACAGUCACAGAUCUGAAGAUUAAAAUGGUGGGCUCUACAUCAGUGGACCUUUCUUGUUCUACAUUGUGUAGUUUGACGUUUAAAAUGUUGAAUGUUCCCUCAGAAGUAAAAUAUUUAUACUUCAACAUAUAUGAAAAUGGACAAUUUAAAAAACACAUUUACCCCAGCACACCAACAUUACCUCUGAGUAGUGGUGACGGGGGAAGUUACUCUUGUACUGUUGGAGGCCUUGAUCAACUCCGUUCACAAGCAGUAUGUGUGCGGGGUAAUACAUGCUGGGGUGUGUCCUAUUCAGACAGGAGGGUCUGUGCUUUAAGAGGCUCCUCUGUCCAGCUGUUCAGCUCUUACACGUAUCCCAGAGGUCUCACAGUCAAAUCUGCAUUCUGGUUUAACAAAUGGGAAAAAAGAAACCUAAUAGAUUUGCGUAGUAUGGAGCUUUUUAAAGAUCGCGUAACCUACCUUGGAAAUUUGCAGGAUCAUUCCAACCUGACAAUUCGAGAUGUGAGAGAGAGAGAUUCUGGAGAAUAUUGUUUUAGGUUUACAGCAAACGACAGCUAUAUUGGUAAACCAGGAGUCAUCCUCAAUGUGACAGGCCUGCAGGUGCGGAUGAGUGCUGACCACGUCAGCGAGGGUCAGAAAGUGACCCUGACCUGCAGCACAACCUGCACUCUGAGCAACAACCCUACUUACCUCUGGUACAAGAACGGCAACCCCGUACCUCACAGACACACAACCAGGAGCAACAGGCUGUACCUGAUGUCCGUCAGCAGUGAGGAUGGAGGUGAUUACACCUGUGCUGUUAAAGGACAUGAUCACCUCACCUCUUCUGCAGUCACUCUCAGCAUCGCCCACAGUGGAUCAGAGAAUCACUCAGGUGUUUAUGCCUCAGUUGGAAUCCUCCUCCUCCUCCUCCUGGCUGUGUCACUGGUCUGUGGUGCUCUGUGGAUGAGGAGGAGGAGAAGUAGCUCAUCACAGGAAACAGAAAACACUGGAGGAAAUGGCCAGACACACCCUAGUACUGCAUGCAACAGUGAUCCAACAAAAGUAGAAGAUUUGGAGGACGAGAACGAUAUUCAGUACUCCAGCAUUCAGUUCCGUUCACCUAACAACGGAAACAACAACCUCCAGCCAGCUCAGAGAGAAGACGCAGGGGUGCUAUAUGCCUCUGUGAAAGUCCCUUCAACUGAACUGGUCUGAACUGGUUACAGUGCAACUGCUUUUUGCUAUUCUUACAUUUCACAACAAACCACUUUUUUUCCUUCAAAGUUGUGGAGCCUGGGCUUUGGUAUUAUGUCAUGACUCUAUUACAAGACUCAUUUAUCCAGUUAGUUUUAUAUAUGUAAAUAUAAUUUUUUGGAAUGUCACAAUCUGCAUUACUGUAAUUGAGGAUGAUAAAUGAAUGACAACAAGCAAUAGUGAAUAGUACUGUUUUACAUCCAGACAUGAUUAUUUUCUAUUCUCUAUAUUCACUGUCUUCCUAUGUGACAGUCUAGAAAAAAUCAAGACUUGACCAAUCAAGACCAAUUAAUCUUUGAAAGAAUAAACCCUAGAAAGUCAAUGUUUUAAAUGCUGUAUUUCCUAUUUCCAUUUGAAAAUAAAGCAAAAAAAAAAUUGCAAGAUGGAGUGAAUAAUCUGUUCUGUCUACGUACAGUUUUUCUCCGUUGCAAGUUGCGUUGCACUUGUAAACUACACAGUGGAUAACCUGCAAAAGCACACAAUUUGCUGAAAAUGCUUAGUUUGUCUCAAAUGAAAAUAUUUAUACCAAUAAACAUGUCAGUGACACCAGAAUUACCGUGGUUUCAGCAUGAUUCACAACUCUG